UGAGAAUACUGUACUCAUGGGCAAGACACAACAUGGUCAAGGGUGCACAAACCAAGUCGGGAAUGGCGCCACCGAUGCCUCCAUCCCUUAGCACCCCUGGCCUAUACAGCCUCCUCAAGCUCGCGGACAGCGGCGGCUGGCACUACGUCGUCAUGGUUGUGCUCUUUGCUGACUUCUUCACCAACGCCGUCGCGGUGGCGUUCUUGUCUGUAACUACGUACGUCAAAUACGCAUCACUCUGCCGCUUGGUGUCCCUUGGGUGCAGUGGCGUGUACGCGUUGGACAUGCUCGUUCGUCUUGUGGGUAUACGCACCGCGCUUUUCCGUUCGCCGGCCACCCUCAUGGACUUCGUUGGCUGUGGGUGCAUGGGUGGCAUGCUAGCUUUGCGGUACAUCAAAGCGGACAACUUGGCCGCGGUGAUCAUCACUCGAGUGGGUUAUUACGACGAGAAGGCCGGAGCAGGCAAUCAAAAGUUCCCCAAAUUCGGCUCCAACCAGGUGGAAAUCUACUUUGCAUCGGGGUACUGCGUGCUCGUGUCUGCGCGGAUCGCGUUCAAGCCCGUGGCGCGGGCGUUCUCCAAGACUUUGUACGAGCAGCCGUCGUUCGACCUCCUUCGCUUCUCCAUGGCGUCGCUUCGCGCUACCCUCCGCCGCAUUCCGUCCAUCACCGAGGCUGCGGUGGACCUCAUGGAGCACGACCUGUCGGUGACCUGCGGCCGGACGGACGGCGACCUCUCCCGCGCCGAACUCAUGCAGUUCCUUGAGAAAGCCGUCGUCCACCGCCCCAGACACAUGUCUGCGUCGGCGUUCCUGUCUCAUCUGCGGGAUAUUGACGCGCAGUCGUCGCGGUUUGUGUACGGCGCGCUGGACGUGGUGACAUCGACCCUGCGACACUGGUCCAACCAGCGCCUCGCCCUCUUUUGCACCGUCUUGGUUGUCCUCGCUAAUGCAUCGUUCGUGCCCGUUGUCGCAUACUUUAUAAGCUUGCUGGGGGACGAAGCAUUCCCGCAGCAGGCCGGCCAUGUCGCUAUAAACGAUGCGGUCAAGGGGUUGUACCUGAGGUCCCAAGUACGGUACAAGAACGUGACGACGGAUCCGUACACGGGUAGUGACACGGCCUUGCCGUAUAUUACCCCUGAAUGGUCGCUCCACGCGGGGGUUGUGGGCAUCGUCGUGGUCUGCGUGCCGUUUGCGAUCGUGGACUUCCUCAUGGGGUACUUUCAAUCGACGAUGAUUGCCAAGGCCACGGAACGACUCCAAGCGUCCCUGCUCAAGACGAUUCUGGCCCAGCCCACGCUCUUCUUCUCCCAGCGCACCGAAGGCGACCUCAACAACUUGUUCCAGUCGGACGUGGCGCGCGUGAAUGCGCUGUGGCAGGCCGUGUUUUGGAACCUCAUGCACCCGUUGAUUGCAAUUGUGGCUGGGUUUGCGUUCCUCAUCUACUUUGAGCCGUCCGUGGGCAUGGUAUCUCUGGGGUUUUCGAUCAUGGUCGUGACCAGCGGCCCCCAAGGCCACGCGUCUCUAAAGUCCAAAGACUUUGGCUCCAAGAAUGCCUACACUUCGGCGGACUUUCAAAAUGCCAUUGCAUGCCAACAAGUCGUGCGAGCUUAUGGCAUCCAAUCGCCCGUGCUAACCAAGUUCCACGCCACCACCACCACCCUCCGCAAGGCGCAAUUUCUCAAAGACUUUUGGGCUGGCGUCGUCCAAAUAUACGUGGACAGCGCCAUGUUUUUCUUUGUAGCGGUUAUGACGGCCGGGCUCGCCUUGAAAGUGUUUCGAGCCGAUAUCACGGCGGGCGCCUUCUUCUCGGCCGUGACCCUCAUGUCCCGCAUCUCGACGCCCGUGACGGUCUUGGGGGGGUUCAUGCGGGUGGCUAUUGGCAAUGCCAGCAGCCUCCAGCGUCUGGACGAGAUUGUCCUCUGCGACAAAAUGCCAGAGCGUCGGGAUGCCACGCCGACUCUGCCGAGUUUGCCGCGAAUGCAACGGGCGCUGCAAGUGGAUCGCUUGAGCUUUCAGUACGACACUACCACCUCCCACUUUGACCUUCAACAAGUGUCGGCGACGUUUCCUCUGGUAUAUACGAACGGCCUACCCAACCACCCUCGAUAUAACAAUCACAAGCUCUCGUUAUACGAACAUGUGUGCAAUCACACUGAUUGUAUGUGAUGUAGGGCCAUUACGUGUGCAUUGUGGGUCCGAGUGGAUGUGGGAAAAGCACGUUGCUGGGGUGUUUGAUGCAGUUUUACGAGCCGUCGGAUGGUGUCAUUGCCGUGGACGACCACAAUCUGCACGCGUAUUCCAAGUCGAGCUACAUGGGGCAGAUCGCCGUGGUAUUUCAGGACGGCGGGAUCUUGAACGGCAGCAUUCUAGACAACAUUCGGUACAUUUAUAGAUUGGACUAGUACUAUCUAAUAUAUAUAUCAGGUUUGGCAAUGCUUUGGCGACGGACGACGAGUGCAAACAUGCGGCCGAGCUGGCCGAGUGCGGCGCGUUCGUCCAUGCCCUCAAGGACGGGUACGACACGAUUGUGGGACAGCACGCGACGGCCAAUUUGAGCGGCGGACAGACGCAGCGCAUCUGUCUGGCGCGGGCGCUGGUCCGGAAGCCGUCCAUCUUGCUGCUGGACGAAGCCACGUCGGCGCUGGACGCCGAGACCGAAGCCUCGAUCGUCGACUGCCUCCACGCGUUGGCCAAGAAGUUGCACAUGACGAUCAUUUCGGUGACCCAUCGGUUGUCGACGACAAGGUCGGCCGAUUCGAUCCUCGUCAUGCAAAGCGGUCGUGUGGUGGAUCAAGGGACGCACGAAGAGCUACUGGGCCGAGGACUGUUAGCAGAACUCGCCGACAUUCCCAUCGUUCCAUCGACCAGCAACUCGAGCUUCGCCAGCAGUAGCAUCCUAUGCGGCAGCCAGGACCGUCGCCGUCAUCAUGCUGACGACGAAGACCCGAACGCGCGAUCGACGCAGCGCGCCCUCGAACUGUUUACCGAUGCAUUGCGUACACGAACGGAAAGCCAAGAGCUGACCCGUUCGUCGUUACACCGCAAGGCUUCCCGCGGUGUCGCCGACAGAUCGCUCAGGCACAUGGAGAGUUCUGGCAACUACAUUGUGCUUUAAGCCAAGGAUUAGGACAUGCGAUAGUGGUUAAUCGUGAUAAUAGAUAAGAUAGUACAUA